CUGGUGGGCAUAGAAACCAGAUGGUCACUCGGUUAGCUGGCAGAAGUUAGCCACGGAGCUAAGUUAAAUUUGGAGUUAAAUCAUGGUGUUGAUAAAACCAUACAUAAUGCUUAGCUGAUGCUGCUCUACUUUGGAGGAGAAAAAGUCCAGGUUGCUGUGUGACUUCAUGGGUCUGUGCCAAGGAGUUUCCACCUGCCUUGACCCUCGCUCACGCAGACUCACACACACACAUAUACACACACAGUCCAACAGCUGGCUGUACACAAACUCCCACAGACCCACACUAACCACCGCAAACACACAGUGACAGACCAAUUCCAAACAUGGCUGUAACUUCCACAAACACAACUACUGCAAAAUCUGCUGUCAUCCCCCUCCUCUCUUGCCCUUGACCUCAUCUUUCUCCUCCCCUUUACAUACCUCUCUGUGGAAUGUCCCCAACUUCUCAAUUCUUAUGGAUUUGGCUCGUUGCAACUCAUACUGAGGAACGCCACUGCUGUCCUGCUGAGCCACUGAUCUGCAACAUAUAGUGGACAGGCAUCUCCAUUCUAUGCACAGGAUAAAACCUCAAAAUGCCUGUUGACUGGAUGCAAAACUGAACAAGACCUACUACUGUAGCAUUUAUUGGAUGGUUCUCUCUCUGUGAAUAAUCAGUCAGCUGUAUAUUUAUAAGUGCAAGCACUGGACAUAUAAUCCAACUGGUUGGUUAAGCCGAUGGAAAACGGAGUAGGCUAUACCUUACACUGGACCGAUUCAUUCCAGCUCUGUUGAAAGUCAUGUUGGAGGAUGUUUUAUUUAAAGGAGAGUGGAAGUCUUAUCAUGGAAUCAAUAACCAGUGGUCCAACUAUCACCCUCUGUGUGAAUGUGGAUUUUUUUUUUUUUAAUUAAUUACAUUUUUUAAAAUAUUUUUACUGUCUUAGUUUUUGGACAUGCAAAGUGAAGACUUUUUUUUCUGACUUCUUAUCCCAUUAUUUGCAGCUUUUUUGUUUUGCCCUGAUUGUAUUCCUGUGUCUGGAUUCUGAAGCUUCUUAUCAACAAGGAUGCUUGCUGGUCAAUCAAGCUGUAUUUCUCAGACACUAGCAGAGUGACUGACAACGAUAAAUACCAUGGUCAUUUCAUCUUCUUUUAGCAUAUUAUAAUAUAGUCAAUUUGUAUUUUUAUAUUAUAGUAAGCUUUACAUUGAAGUACACCACAAUCCACCUAGAGAACAGUUCCUUUGAAAUCAAACCUUCCUCUAAUGGGAGAAGAAGAGGAGGUGGUGGAGGGAGGGGAAGCCCCUGGACUCCCGGAGAAGAAGAAACCUAGGGAGAGAGAAGAGGAAAAUGGGGAUGAAAAUAAGGAAGAGGAGGAGGGCAAAGGAGAGAGGAUCCCUCUGCGUCGCUGGAUAAUGCACGGGGCGGUGAUGUUCGGCCGCGAGUUCUGCUAUGCCAUGGAAACGGCUCUGGUGACGCCAGUGCUGCUGCAGAUAGGUCUUCCAGAGCAGUAUUACAGUUUAACCUGGUUCCUCAGUCCCAUCCUGGGUCUGAUCUUCACCCCUUUGAUCGGCUCAGCCAGCGACCGCUGUACUCUGAGGUGGGGCAGGAGAAGACCAUUCAUACUUGCCCUGUGUGUAGGUGUCCUGCUUGGAGUGGCGCUGUUUUUAAACGGCUCAUUAAUAGGCCUGUCCGUUGGUGACACCCCCAACAGUCAGCCAAUAGGCAUUGUCCUUACUGUAGUAGGCGUGGUGGUUCUAGACUUCUGUGCCGAUGCCUCUGAGGGACCAAUCAGAGCUUAUCUUCUAGAUGUCGCUGACACUGAAGAGCAGGAUUUGGCUUUAAAUAUCCAUGCCUUUUCUGCUGGGCUAGGUGGAGCGGUGGGCUACAUGCUAGGUGGUCUAGACUGGACUGACACAGCUCUGGGUCGUGCAUUUAAGUCCCAGGAACAGGUUCUCUUCCUCUUUGCCGCCAUCAUUUUCAUAAUCUCUGUCACACUGCACAUGCUCAGUAUCCCCGAGCAGCCUUUCACCCCUGCCCACCAGCUUAAAGGUACAGAAGACGGGGACUAUACCAGCCAAUUGUCUCUCAGGCCCCUCGGCCAUACCCCACCUUCCCUUGACAUUAUUGGAGAGGAGGAUGCAUUCACUCAAGACCCUUCCCGUGAGGACAACGAAUCAGAUCCUGAGGAAGGAGAGAUUAAUUUCCUUAGUGUAGAGCGCGUUCGGAGUAAAAGUGAUUCAGUCUUAGCCAUGCCAGAUGCUACUAUCCAAUUGGAUCCUGACCUUGACCCGGAUGCACAUCAUUUCCUGUCUGAAGUGCAUCCCUUCCUACCAGAGACACAGCAGGAGGUAGAGGAUGCAUUUCUGCCAUCAGACUAUGGCAAUGGCCUGUCUCUCUGUCCUCCUUAUCUACCUCCAGCUCCUUGUGGUACAUCUCCCCCUGCUGAUGGAAUAGUGGACUUGGAACCCAGGAGCAUGUUUUCCCCUCAGCCUAAGGAGCAUAAAGAUGGCCCUCCUCCUCCUCUUGUCCAGAUCAGUCCCAGCACUGAGAACACGCUCCUAAACACACAGGUCCAACAGGCCAAGGCUGUCAAUGGUGUCAAAGUCGGUGUGUCCAGUUCUGGUCACUCUCACCCUGUGAAAGGCCAUGCCUCCACCAGGCCAGGGAACCGCCUAUCCAGCACUGCAAACUCAUCACGACCACACCCGCACACCUUCUACAGACAACCGUCCUUCACCUUCUCCUACUAUGGACGAGUGGGAUCACAGCGCCAUCGACUCAGACGGCCAACUGUAGGCCAUCUGCCAAUCACCUCCUCCCGCAGUCUGAAUGACCUGUGUGACCUCCAGCGGCGUGCAGACAGGCGGGAGCUGCAGCUGUCGGCAAGCAGCCUGUCAUCUGAGGCCUCCAGCAGUGAGGAGGGACCAGAGGGGGGCACAACUGUACGGCUGUUAUGGUUGUCCAUGUUGAAGAUGCCAAAGCAGUUGUGGAGGCUGUGUGUGUGUCACCUUUUGACAUGGUUCUCAAUUAUUGCUGAAGCUGUUUUUUAUACUGACUUCAUGGGACAAGUCAUCUACCAUGGAGAUCCAACAGCACCAUCUAAUUCCACUGAGCUACAGAACUAUCACAAAGGAGUCCAGAUGGGCUGCUGGGGGCUGGUGGUCUAUGCUGCUACUGCUGCUGUCUGCUCUGCCCUCCUGCAGAAAUACCUUGAUAAUUUUGACUUGAGCAUUAAGGUCAUUUACAUCGUUGGAACUCUGGGAUUCUCAAUAGGAACUGCAGUCAUGGCAAUCUUCCCCAAUGUUUAUGUUGCCAUGGUGAUGAUCAGCAGCAUGGGCAUCAUCUCAAUGAGUAUUUCCUACUGUCCUUAUGCUUUACUGGGACAGUACCAUGAAAUCAAAGAGUACAUUCAGCACAGUCCCGCAAACUCCCGGAGAGGAUUUGGUAUUGACUGUGCUAUCUUAUCCUGUCAGGUCUACAUCAGCCAGAUCUUGGUGGCCUCGGCCCUUGGUGCUGUGGUGGAGGCAGUUGGCAGCGUGCGUGUCAUUCCCAUGGUAGCCUCUGGGGGCUCCUUCCUUGGCUUUCUUACUGCCCUUUUCCUAGUCAUAUACCCUGAAGGGGAGCCUAGCGGCUCACAGCAGGACCAGAGAUUGGUGGGUCUGCCUGGGGAGGCGGGUCUUAGAGGAGAAAGGACCAAUCAGGGGCCAGCCUUGCUGAGGCUGACUGACAGGGAGAGUUUUACAAAUACUGAGUACCAAACUGUUGUCUGAGAACAAGCAUGCUCAGUGUGGUCUUGGUUUCUUCUAACAAAGCACAAGCCAUAGCAAAUGGGGAUCUCACCAAAUAUGUUGUAUUUACAAAGCUGAUGCCCUUCAUUGGAAUUCUUAGUAUAUAUGCUAGUAUACACAGUUAAGAUAAUUCCCUAGAGAAUCAACCCCAUCUAGCAGGAGACAGGUGGCGAGUUCUGGGACCAAGUGUGAACCUGAAGCUAGGAACAAGGUGGUUGAUGGAUGGAUGAUGGGUCCUUUCUGAUGGAGGAGGGGAAAAGUGAAGGAGAUAAUUCAAAAUCAUUAACAGUACUACAUCUACAAGAAUCUGGAUUGGAUGGAGAAAUGAGAGGAGAGGAAUGGCAACAAACACAUAGUCAGUUACUAGGUCAGACUAAUGAAACUGACUCAAAGUAUGCACUUUUUCUAUCAUACUCCUGAACUCUGUCACAUUGGUGCUGUGGUGCUAUUGACUAUCAUUUAAAACGGGAUGCAGCCAGCUCCCCAGGCUGCUACAGAGGAUCAGUGGAAUUUUAGACCAGUUUUACCUCACAGUGGCUGUAUGCAGCCAGACUUAAUGAACAAUCUAACUGCUGUAAAAAUGUCACUUUCUAUACCUCUCUACUACUGCUAAGCUCAUGAGAUGUACAUUUUUUCUCCAGUAUGUGAAUGGAAUACCUUAAGUACUUAAUUUUCUUUACCAGACAGUUGUCAAAUCAUAGCUAUUUUUUCUACUGUUUGUCUGAAACAUGCCACCAAACAGUUUGAGUUUCAAACCCUUUUUUUCCAUUCACAGAAAUGAAGGUACGGCAGUCUAUAACAUUACAAGCUAGGUUUCAACUAGCAUUGGUAUGAGAUGAGUAACAUCCUGUCUGUUGGUUACUUUUUAUUGUUGUGCAAAUACAGAAAUACACUGAACCAGUGAUUUUGAAUGUCAUAGGCCAUGAUACAUAGGCAACAUUUUAUAGAGUGGGAGACUGCCAGUAGCUUUGACUUUGAUACUUCUGCUACUUUUUCCUCUUUAUAAUUAGUGCAUCACCCACAUUGAUUUUUUUUUUUCCAAGUUACCUGUUAUCAUCCUUGGUGAAGGCCAUAUUCUGAAUUUCAUGUUGCCACAAACUGUUGUUUACCACGGCUAUUGAUGUCAAGUUUUUUUUUAGUUUUAUAAGGUAUACACCAGGAUGAUGUUAGAUUUAAAAAUGUGGAUUUUAAAAUACAGGUGAAAUACAGAAAUAGGUUCAUUGUGACACAUUUGUCAUCUCUAGCCUACUAAGAAAUAGUUGAGUGUAUAUGUCUUGUAAUUGUUAAAUUCUGGUUGCUAUUUAUCCAUUGAAUUGAAAGUUCAUUGGCCUGAUGUACACUUUAAUUUGAAUUGCUGUUUGGUUCAUGGACUGCUCAACUUAACUUGGGUCCUGUUAUACAGAGAAGUAAAUACUAGUUUACAUGGUGCCAGUUUUUUGUGUACCUCAGUCUUCAGUACUUGACUGUGAACUAGUGACCAUAGGAACAAAAUGAGCAGAAUGAGGAGAGGAGAGUUAGUAGACUGUUGAGGAUUAUUUUCAGUGUUGUUGAGACAUACAGUGCCUAACCCACAACAGACUUUCCUUACAGACCCAUGUAUGCAACAGCAUACAGUUUAGAGUCUAAUCUCCCCUCUCCAGGGGUUGUCUCUGUGAUAGACCUUGUUCACUCUAGUCCUCAGGCCCCCUUCUUCAUACUGCUAUUCAGUAAUGCUGUUCCAGAGAAACUAAAUGCAAUCUUGCUGGGGUAAAAACAGAUAUUUAGUGGUAUAGACAUCUGUGGGUUUUGCACUGAAACACUCAGGGCUUUAUCCUUCUAAUGCUGCAUAAUGAAUGACAGAGAAGACGGCGUAUAUGCAAGACCAGUGACUGAUUUAUGCAAACCUUAAAAUCCCCUCACUAGGGUGUCACCACCAAAUGAACCUUGAAGAGACACAUACAACCUUAGCAAUGGACAGCUUCCAUCUGCAGCCUUUUGUGUCCCUUCCAGUAAGCCUUACUGAACUAAAUGACAUAAGUGACAGCAUUACAUAGUUUGCCUAUACAACAUCAAACGGCUCUUCACCUGCAUUUUAAAGCAAACCUUCAAAAUCUGUGUGUCUAACCAUAUACUCUAGAGGGCACUGUUUACUGUGUUAAACUGCUGCAUCAUUGCUGUGCCCAAAAUAACAAGUGUCCUCUUUGGUAUCAUUGCUAUGUCACUGAAGACUUAUUGUCUAGGAUUCUCACAGCCUGUUUCAUAAGCAAUAUAAAGGGAACAUCAGCACUCUACAGGAAGUUACAUCGGUCAUUACAGGGUCAUUAACUGAUCAUUGAUCAUUAAAAUGCUUAUUUAGAUGAACAUCGUCUUAAAUUACAUAACUCAUUACAGAUUUUCCCUCUUAAGAAAUGCCAAUGUGAGUGUGACAGCCUGUGUGCCUACUAGAGCAUUUAAUUGUUUUUGAAUCGUGCUGAUUCCAGUUUUCCAAAAGUUUUGUACAACAGCCCUGUUUUACCAGUGCCAAGGUUUCUCUAAAGUUACAUUUAGAAUUUUAGUCUGUUUCCCUACCUCCUGCUUGUGGCUUGUACUGCCCAUAUUUUGUUCAUUUGAAGUAUCAUUUUGUCCAUAUUUUAUCAUAAGUGCCUCGUGAAGAAAUAACAAAAUUAACAACAGUAACAGAAGAAACUAAAAAAUAAAAUAUCAUGGUAUAUGGUUUAAAAUGUCCCAUUCCUGCAUCCAAAAAUAGUAAUGUAACAUUUCCCCAGACCUAGGCAUAUUAAAACCUGCUAAUGCACCCUGAGGACCUAAAGGAAACAGGCUGGCAGUCCAUGGGCUACAAGGUGCUGGUCUCAGUUCAUUGAAGAUUUUGAGAAAUGUGACUUAAAUUUCCUGGUAAUUAGACAGAACUAGGUAGGGAAGCUGCCGUUCCUCCAAAAAGAGUUUGUUUGGAACUGGGUUCAGUGGGGAGACUCGGUGCCCAGUAGUCUAAAAGCUGCCUCAGAGCUUUUCAUUCUGCCGAAACGAGAGGAAAAUAGUUGCUUGCUGAACUAUUUAAGAGUGGGCUCAGCUUUAUUUGUUCCACUGAACCAGGCCAGACUGGGCAAUGACUGCUGAUGUAUCUUCAGGAGUUUAGAUUAUAUUUUGUCAGAGGUCUGACAAUGCCACACACAGUAUGACUGCUGACUGUUAUUUAUUUGAAUUUAAUUUGAAUUUGGCUUAGGGAACACUUUUUUUAUGUGUGCUGGUGAUUUGAAAGUUUUGAUUUAUUGUCACUUUUUUAUUUUUUGGCUUUGAUAUUCUACCUUUUUGAUUUAAAAGUCAAUCACUGAUUUUGUUAAAGUGAGUUUUGAUAAUUGCCUUCUCUUUGCUGCUGUACACACUU